AGCCAGAUCUCGGCGUUGCAGAACCGCAUCGAGCAGCUGGAGCAGCUGCUGGAGGAGAACCACGAGAUCAUCAGCCACAUCAAGGAGUCGGUGCUGGAGCUGACGGCCCACGCGGACGGGCAGCCGGUGCUGCUGCCCUACCACACACCCAACGGCUCCUGGGUGCUGCCCCCCGAGAGCCGGCCCAGCUUCUUCUCCAUCUCCCCACAGGACUGCCAGUUUGCGCUGGGGAGCGGGGGCCAGAAGCCAGACCUGCAGAUGCUG